CUGAGAACUGCGAAUCGCUUCAGCUGAGUGCGAAGCCGCUGCUUCACCUGCCUGCUUGCUUGUACCCAUGCAGACUGGGGCGCAGAAGCGCAGCCAGGGUGUAUUUUUUUCUCUCUCGCUCUCUAUCAUUUCCCCACUAUUUUGGCUGCUUGCUGCGUUGCGCUGUGUUGUAUGUUGUGCAUACACUUCUUUUUUUGCUUUGUUUAUUUUUCAUCAGCAUCAAACAUCAACAACUAGUAUUAACAACAAACAAAAAAUUGUUCUUUUCUUGUUUUUGCAACUGUUAUUAUUAAUUUUCACUUUUUUAUUUUUUUGUUCAUUUCAUUCAUUCAUUCAUUCAUUCAUUCACAUAUUGCAGAAACCAUGGCUGGCCCUGAAGGCAAAUACGGCCAAUUGAUUAUUAUUU